AUGGAGCAAAAGUCGCAUGAAACCCCAAGCCCCUCCGCAUCGUCCGGAUUUCUUCCACUCGGACGGCGUGGGUCAAGGGGCUCCCUAUCUACGACGCAAACAGAUCGAGAAAAUAUGAACACGGCGCUCGACCAAAUACACAAUGCGGCUUACCAGUCCGAUUCACUGACGCUUUUCAACGAGUUUACUAGCCCGCCUGCACCGGCGUCGGCAUCGGACGAUAAAGGUCUAUCGGAGGAGCUGCAGGGGGGUCUCAGUGGGCUGUACAGUCGCUUCAGAACAUCGGUUGGAGGAAUGAGGGACAUCGUCAGCGGUGGAGCGAAAGUCGCAGACAAGGGUGCUGUGGAUAGCUCUGCGGUCAAGAGUCCUACCUCCGAGCGAUCCAUGACCAAGUCUAUAUCAGACCUUACGGUCAGCUCGGCUGACCACUUGCCGUCAUACCCAAACUCCUCGCAAGGCUCGAGGCUGCAUUCUCCAGUCGUGCCAAAUUUUCAUCCAAGUCAGGAUCCUACACAGCAAACAGCCGCCGGCAAGAGCUCCAAACUCUCUUCGAAAAGCCCUAGCGUCACGUCCAAAUCCUCCGUUUCUCCUGCUCCGACAGGGAAAGCCAACCUCGUCCCGCUGACAAAGCCUUCUGGCAACUCUGUUGUGGCAGACCCAGCAAUCACUCAUUCGCGAAGCAGCUCAGUCAACGUACCUUCUCAGGGGUUUCAAAAUGCAGAAGCCUCCAGUAUUGGUAGUAGGGACGCCCCUACGGAUAUGAGUGCUAGCCAAAAUUCUUCUGUGCUGAAUCCGAGUUACUCUCAUUCACCAGUUCUGUCCACAAAAACCCAUGGAAGCCUGCAAGAAGAAUCUAGCUCACUGGAAGCGAGUGGGUCUAUCGUUCCGACAAAUCACCUGUUGGAUAGCCGAUCGCGAAAGUCUUCAAAUGCGGACCAAUCAAGGGCCCCAGACGACAUAUCUCAGUCUACUGCAACACGAAGCUCAAAGCAUUCUGAGCUUACCCGGGACUCAAAAACACAGGCUCAGGAGAGCGGGUCAAGGUCGAGGUUGUCUGUUGGGGGACGUGAUGAAUCCAUGGCACCGAUCUCGCCUCCCAACAAUCUUUCGAUGAUUCCACCUCAAGCUGGGGGUGCAUAUCCUGUUGACUCAGCGUCUGAUAGCACAGUCCCGGCUCCUCGAGAUGAAGUUACCGUCGGCGGAUCAGCAAAGACUUCCAUCCCUACAUCUCCCACAGCUCUCGCUGGGAAAACGCAUGCACCGGCUGCCAAGAACCGAUUGCCAGGCUAUGUAAUGUCACGAGCAUCUACAGCCGAAACGACCACCACCGUGUCUUCUUUACCCCCUUUAAACACAGCAGUUCCACGAAUCAUCACCCAAGACCUCACUAGCAACCGCAUACAGCCUUCAAGUGACGGAGUUAUAUCUCAGCUGAGAAGUAGAUUGCUGAGCAGGGAUUUCUGGAUGCGCGACGAAAAUGCGAAGGACUGUUUCCACUGUGGAGAGACAUUCACUACAUUUCGCAGAAAACACCACUGUCGCACUUGUGGUCAGAUUUUCGAUUCCAAGUGCACACUUCUGGUCCCUGGCACAAGGUUUGGUCAACCUGGAACUAUCCGUGUUUGCAAGCCUUGCGAAGGAAUGAUCAACGCACACGAUGACGAUUCAUCUGAAUAUUCUGAUAGUGAACAGAGCCCCAUCAUUGUGAAUCCACGAGUCUCCGAACUCGGAUGGGGCGGCAGCAGUGCUCGGCCUGUUGGCGAGGACGACGAUGCAUCCUCCAUAGUGUCUCAAUCUAUCGACCAUGUCCUUAGGACUCCUACAAUGGCUAUUCCAGCCACUCGACGCGCAGGCGAAGGCCACAAUAGCCGCUCGGCAGUUCUUGAAAUCAACUCCGACCGACCACUGACAAGACCUACCUCCUCGCGGUCAUUGCGAGCGUCAUUGGGAGUUCGACCGCAUUCCAUCAGUCACAAGCGACAUCAUUCGCGUCAGCAGUAUAUCCGAAGCUUCAAGCCAUCUCACGAUGACCGCGCCCCUUUCCAACGGCGCCACCCAGAGGAUUCGAUUGCCGAGUCGCGGCUCCCAGCCUUCCACAAAGACAAUAUCAUCGACCCUGAUUUGGCCCAGUAUUUGUCAGAUGAUGCUUCCAGCGGCGAUGAGCAGCCCAGCCUUCUCUCUGCAGUGUCUGAAGGCAACCUCUCUAAAAGUGGCGGUGACACGGAGAGAGCGGCGGGGCUUGGCGGAUUCAUUGCCGCCAUGAAAAAGGGCCGGUCUGCAUUCGGUGAUCGAAGCGCCCCCAGCGUCAAUCAAUCAGGUCGAGAUGCAGAUGAGGCUAGCAUCAGCAGCUCAAGAGCAGUCAACUUGCCGCGCUCUUCACGUCGUCGGAACCUGAGUGUUGCAAGCAGCAUCCACGUGCGCAAUUCACCACGGACGUCGAAAGAGAGCAUGUUCCCUCAUGACCCAACGUUCCCAGGGGUGCCUUUUAUUCCUAGCGUCAAACAAUCCGGCUUUAAGAUGACCAGAAGCUCGUCAAUGAGAGGGACUGGAGCACCACCAAUCGAGCUCAACAAGGCCAGCCGGGAACAUGUGCAAAAGCUUCUCCGUCAACUACUGGUAGAAGGAUCUGUGCCCAGCAGCGAGAGCUGGGAGAGGGCCCUCAUGCCAAUUCUCCUGAAAGCAGCAGACGAAGUGGACCCAGAUGUACAGCGCGGAGACGACAUGGAUAUCCGGCAUUACAUUAAACUCAAGAAGAUACCCGGCGGCAGACCAGGUGAUACCUCUUACGUCUCGGGUCUUGUCUUCACCAAAAAUCUGGCUCUUAAGAGCAUGCCAAGAAGUAUCCCGCGUCCGAACAUCUUGAUCAUCACCUUUCCUCUUGAGUAUGCCCGUCAACAGCAACAAUUCAUGAGUCUUGAACCAGUCAUCCGGCAAGAGCGUGAGUUCCUCGAGAACCUUGUCAGUCGAAUCGCAGCCUUGCAUCCGAAUUUGCUGCUCGUUGAAACAAAUGUUUCCGGGCUGGCUCUUGCUCUCCUUGAGCAAGCAGGGAUUGCCACUGCAUAUAAUGUGAAGCCGUCUGUUCUUGAAGCCAUUUCUAGAUGUACUCAAACCAGAAUCGUGACUUCUAUGGACAAACUCUUGACAACUACACUGCACAGCGAUUGCAGCAGCUUCGACGUCAAAACUUAUGUGAAUAGCGGUCGGAAGAAGACCUACAUGUAUAUUUCUGGUUGUCCCAAGGAGCUUGGGUGUACCAUCGUCCUACGAGGCGGCGACGAAGCAAUUCUCGGCAAAGUGAAGCAAAUCACUGAGUUCAUGGUCUAUGUUGUGUACAGCCUUCGACUUGAAACGUAUCUGAUGCGAGAUGAGUUUGCCAAAUUGCCAACAACCGCGGAAAAUGACGCAAACCGACUCGUCUGUGCCGAAGAAAAGAAUGAGAUAUCCCAGCCGGCAGCUCAUCAGAACAGUUCCGGUGCCGCGGAAUCUGAGGCUGCGGAUGAGAAGCCCUCCGAGGAUCCCGAACACGCAGUUUCGAUGUCUACAGGGAUUAUUGAAGUACCGGAUGAUGUUCCGAUGCCAACGUACCACGAUGAUAUGGUCCAUGAUCACCAAACAAAGAUCAUAUCCGCCUCACCUUUUGUCAAAUUCGAACCUCCUUAUCUACUCAUGCGAACCAGAGAAAUGGAACGUCGACUGGCCUAUCUCAAACGUCUUCGUGAUCAAGUUGAGUCUACCGAGGAAAGCUCGGAUGAAAAGACAAAGGCUCAGAAGUUCAUUCUCAUCACACCUGAGAUGGUCCAUUCAUCUCCACAUGACGCUCCUCCCAAAGUCAAAGAGGUCCUGCGCGCAGCGCAUGACGCAGAAUAUGAUCGUGCACUUUACCACUAUCAAACUCAGAAACGGCAGUGGGAGGCAUAUGUCUCAGGAAAUUCCAACCUGUUUGAUCCGUAUGCUCACCAGAAUAUCGUUCUGCUUUACAGCCUGGUGUGCACCACAACAUCAAUACCCUGCUCUGGCCCUGAUAUCUUCGCUCUGGAGUUUUACAACGAACACGGAGACGAUACAAUCUUCGAGCCUGACUGUACGAUUGGACAGUAUGUUGAGGAUCUCUGCCACACAGCUAACGCCGUCUGCAAUAUCAAUGGUUGUGAAAAGCGCAUGUCUGAGCAUCAUCGACAAUACGUUCACGGCGACGCUCAAAUCAGUGUGUUCGUCCAACCGUACCCUUCAAAGCUUCGAGGGAUGCAUGAUACGGUGCUGAUGUGGAGCACCUGUAAAAUUUGCAACAACGAAACUCAGGUCACCGUGAUGUCCGAAAAUACGUGGAAAUACUCUUUUGGCAAAUACUUGGAAGUCUCUUUCUGGGGCCGGAACAUGCAUGCCCGUGCCGGGGUAUGCCCGCAUGACCUCCAGAGAGAUCAUCUCCGCUACUUUGGCUUCAAAGACGUUGCCAUCCGCAUUCAAUAUGAUACAAUUCAUCUUCUUGAGAUUGUUGUUCCACGCCCUCGUGUCACCUGGAAAGUGGAUAACGACUUGAAGCUCAGGAACCAAAUCUACUCUGACACUGCGGAUCGGCUCAACAAAUUUAUGAGAUCCGUUCAUGUGCGAUUGAAGGGCAUCAACGUGGAAAGCGUUCUACCAGAACUCUUGGACGAUUGUAAGAAGGAAAUUGAGACUUUGAUCAAGAAAGCUCAAGAGGACCAUGCGGCUUUGAACAAGUGUUUGCAGGACAAGUAUACCAGCUCGCGUUACUGGGAGGUCAUUCCCUUGAAUGAGGUCCUCCGAGCAGUCCAGGAGAAGGUGGUGGAAUGGGACACUAUCUUUGCAGACUUCGAGAGGAAUUUCUUCCCAUCGGAGAAGGAUAUCAAAAGAUUGGCUACCUUGCAACUGAAAAAGAUUUUCUUGGACAAGGAUGCAACCUCGAUGACUACCGAGGAUGGGCUUCAUACACCGACUGGCAUGGACGAGGAGACAACUCCCACCGAUGAGAAGCCAAGGAUGAUGCGACGGAUGACACUCUCUCCUGAAAAGGCUCAGAACGUGCUAGUCUCGGUCGUUGAGGAGCACACUGGCAGAAUGCCGCGAGAUGCGCCACCCGAUUCUACUGAGCUGACCCCAUUGCCUACCCCAACUGGCGAAUCGGUGCUCUUAGCUGAUGUUGUCGAUGUCCCGAGGUCUUCUCCACAAGAUGAAGCCGUUUUGCAAGAAGAGGUUCGGCAUCUUGACCUGGCUGUUCCCUCAAGUCAGUCUGAACGAUCGCCGCCCAGCUCCAGCACGCCUCUCGAUCAACCCCUAUCGAAAUUGGAUGAUCCAGUGGCUUUUACAGAAAGUGUGGCUUCACAGGAUGUUAGGGAUGUCUCGACGCCAUCGCCUCCAGAAGCCGGUGAUUCUUUCUCCGGAACAAAAAGCAAGGCCAAUGAAGAGAGUCCGGCCACCGAUGUUUCAAGUACGCCUCCGAAUCGACCCUCUGCAAUUCCAAGACUUGCCGAAGGUGCUUUCUCACGGCGCUCUGGGAAGACUCGUUCCCCUCCGCUGAUACGUGCUCAAUCACAACCCGCCCAUCUGGUUAGGGAGAAGUCUUUUGGAUUGAAACUAAGCCUCACAAAUUCCAACGACUCUGGGACUUCUCGGGGAGAUUCGACCAAGACAUCAGAGAAGAAGUUUACUGAACGCCUUGGGCUGACUGCCUUGAAGAGUGGACGGUUUGCUCCGGGGCAUUCGCUGAUACCCCGUUCAACUCCCAAACGUGGCAGCUCUCGUGUGUCAAACCUCGCCAGACACUUUGAACAAUUGAGCCGCGAGUUUGAAAAAGAAAGACAACGUGAAAGACGACAGCGAGCUGCACGAGGCGCUUAUUCUCGUGCAUUCCCUCUUGCAUCCUCGAAGCCGAUCGUUGAGGUUUAUCGCAAUGUGAAAGAGGCCGUUGAAGAACGAGAACCGCACGUUGACGGGGAUUAUUCUCAGCCCGCAGCUCCGCCGCGUACUUCAGAGGAAGCAGGACGGAAGAGUGACGACUCUAUGAACCAGAGAGAGUCCGAGGAACUUGCUCCAAAGUCUCCAGCGCAAGUGAACUCCUCGCGAUCAUUCGAGCCUGGAGGCAUUGUUCGUUCUGAUUCUCAGCUCAUGUCUGAGGGCGAGGCAGAUGACGGACGGAGUGACGAAGAGCACAAUACUGCCGACGAUCUCCAUCAUGUGGACUCCCAAGACGAUUCUAAAACGCUACCGGAUGAUGAUUCGAUCGAUUUCAAAGAUCUUCCAAAACACGAACGGACGACUCUAUUGAAGAUGCUUACCAACUUCUGGUCUGAACGAUCCGCCAGCGGAUGGACUGCUCUUGAUUAUCCUCUUAGCGCAGGAGACCACGUUUUCUCCGACUGCGAUAUUAUUGUGCGCGAGGACGAGCCAAGUUCUCUUAUCGCGUUUGCUCUAGACUCGUCCGACUACAAGGACAAACUGGCAAGCAUUCAGGAACGGUACGAUGAGAUGGAGGAUCAACCCCCAGAGUUUGACCACGAUACAGAAGCCGCAAACGAAGCUCGACUGGAGCAUGCUCUUUUGCGGCAAACCGGGACUCACCUCAAGUAUCAGUUCCAGGAAGGCCAGGCAAAGAUGCUCUGCAAAGUCUUCUAUGCGGAGCAGUUCGAGGCACUCCGCAAAAAGUGUGGUGUCGCCGACCGUAUUGUGGAGUCACUGUCACGUUGCUUGAAAUGGGACUCCAAAGGCGGCAAAACAAAGUCAAUUUUCCUCAAGACUCUAGAUGACCGAUUUGUGCUCAAGUCACUAGCACCCGUCGAGACCCAGGCCUUCCUCAAGUUCGCACCGGCGUACUUCCAGAUCAUGUCCGAAGCUCUCUUCCACGACCUGCCCUCAGCCAUCGCCAAGAUGUUUGGUUUCUACCAAAUCAUCAUCAAGAACCCGGUGACUGGAAUUGAGCAAAACUGGUUCCUGCUUCUGAUGGAGAAUCUGUUCUAUGACCGUGCGCCCAAUCGUCUCUUCGAUUUGAAGGGAUCGAUGCGUAACCGCAAGGUAGAGAGCACCGGCGAGCAGGAUGAAGUCCUACUGGAUGAGAACAUGGUGGACUUCAUCUAUGAGACCCCCUUGUUUGCCCGAGAGCAUUCAAAGAAGCUUUUGAGUCAGAGCGUGUGGAAUGAUACCCUAUUCCUCGGCCGUCAGAAUGUCAUGGACUACUCGUUGAUGAUAGCGAUCGACGAGAAGCGCAGCGAGUUGGUGGUCGGAAUCAUCGACUGCAUCCGCACGUACACAUGGGACAAGAAACUCGAGUCUUGGAUCAAGGAUCGAGGCUUUGCUGGCGGCGGUCGCAAUCGUCCAACAGUAACGAGUCCGAGGGAAUACAAGAGUCGCUUCCGUGAGGCGAUGGCAAGAUAUGUCCUGCAGGCCCCAAGUUGCUGGCACCAAUUCCAACCAAGUGCCAUGUACCGGUAUCCACCAGGUGAACACCAGAUUGCCAAUGCAGCGGAUCAGGACAUCAUCGAUGGGACUGAAAAUGGCGCUUUUCAUUGA